AGCGAACGAGGGAGCGGCUGGCGGGCGGGAGGGCGCGGAGCAUGCGGAGCGGCGUCCCGGGCGGCCCCCGGGCUUGGACGAGGACUCAGGAGAAGUGCGCGGGCGGCGGGGUCGCGGAGCGGCGCGGGACCCGCGGCCGGCUCGGGGACGUCCUGCAGUGACUCGGAGUUCUCCGGGAGCCAGCGCCAGGCCAGGGCCCCCCCCACCCCGCCCGCCUCUUGGCCCGGACGGUCCGGCGGGGAGGCGCCCAUGUCGGACCGCGCGGCGCGCUGAGGGCGCGCGCGGGUGGGCGCAACCGGCACCAUGUCUAUGCUACCCACCUUCGGCUUCACGCAGGAACAAGUGGCGUGCGUAUGCGAGGUGCUGCAACAGGGCGGCAACAUCGAGCGGCUGGGCCGCUUCCUGUGGUCGCUGCCCGCCUGCGAGCACCUCCACAAGAAUGAAAGCGUGCUCAAGGCCAAGGCGGUGGUGGCCUUCCACCGCGGCAACUUCCGCGAGCUCUACAAGAUCCUGGAGAGCCAUCAGUUCUCGCCGCACAACCACGCCAAGCUGCAGCAGCUGUGGCUCAAGGCGCACUACAUCGAGGCGGAGAAGCUGCGCGGCCGGCCCCUGGGCGCUGUGGGCAAGUACCGAGUGCGCCGCAAGUUUCCCCUGCCGCGCUCCAUCUGGGACGGCGAGGAGACCAGCUACUGCUUCAAGGAAAAGAGUCGAAGCGUGCUGCGCGAGUGGUACGCUCACAACCCCUACCCCUCACCCCGCGAGAAGCGCGAGCUGGCGGAAGCCACGGGCCUCACCACCACGCAGGUCAGCAACUGGUUCAAGAACCGGCGGCAGCGCGACCGGGCAGCCGAGGCCAAGGAAAGGUACGAGGAGAACAGCGAGAACUCCAACAGCCACAAUCCGCUGGCUGCGUCGCUGAACGGCAGCGGCAAGUCUGUGCUAGGCAGCUCGGAGGACGAAAAGACGCCGUCGGGGACGCCAGACCACUCGUCGUCCAGCCCCGCGCUGCUGCUCAGCCCGCCGCCGCCACCCGGGCUGCCGUCCCUGCACAGCCUGGGCCACCCUCCGGGCCCCAGCGCCGUGCCCGUGCCCGUGCCGGGGGCAGGCGGCUCGGACCCACUGCAGCAUCACCACGGCCUGCAGGACUCCAUCCUCAACCCCAUGUCGGCCAACCUCGUGGACCUGGGCUCCUAGAGCCCCGCCUGCCUCGACGCGCUUGCCUUCUGGGCUGGUCGCUCGGGACCUGAGAAGGACCGUGUCCGGAGGGCGCCCCGCGCCGGCGACCCCACCAGGUACUGAAAGACCCGCGCGCUGAGCGGGCAGAACUGCCGGCCCGGGCAGGGCGGAUGGCUCUCUGGUUUAGUCUUUGUUCGGGAUUUAUUUUCAACAAGUUGCUUUGGAGAUCCUUUGGAGGCCUGGGACCGGGUCUUGAACCAGGGAAGGGAAUAAAUUAUACACCAUUCUCCUACUCUCUCUCCCUGCCUUCUCUUUCCCUCUCUUCUCUCUCUUCCCUUGCCUUCCUUGCUCUUUCUUCCUCUUCAUUCCCCUUCCUUCUCUCUUCUUUUCUUUUCUUCUUGCUUUCCCCCUUUUCACUGUCUCUGUUUCCCUCUGUACUUCCGGCUUGCCAUCUCUCGCUAGGUUUCUAUUACUCUAUCUCUGUUUUCUGUUUCUCCUCUCCGCCAGCCUCCUGCACCUCGCGGGCUGUACCCGUCGGUCUUUCUCCUCGUGCCUGGCGGUCUAUUUGCCCUCCCCCCAUUCCUCAUUUUACUGGGGUGGGAGUGGGAGGGGGAAGAGCAAAGAGAAGACAGGGCCUUUGAACCCGGGCUUUCUCCAGAGGCCCUCCCCCCGGGGUCAGCUGGGGGCUGCAGGUGUCAGCGCUGCCUAGUAGUAACUUAAGUGAAAGAGCAAAGGCGGCGUCAGGGAAGCCCCUGAACGCCCCCUUGCCGCUUGCCCCUCUGUCUUGGUGAGGCCCCGCCACUCGCUCUCCUCUUCCUCCUGGGACUGUGGCCACCGUGCUCCCGGCAGAGCGUGCCUCCCAGCCGCAGACUUGCCAUCUCCCUGUUAACGCCCUCAUGUGAAUGUUCUUCGGGAAAUAUUUCUGCUUUUAUUUUAUAAUAAAAUUAGAAAUCAUAAA